GGGGGCUCGUCGGUCGACAGCCUCGGGGUGCUUGUAGAGAGUAUGCUUGAUUUGUGUGGAUAGGAGGCAUGGGGCGGGCGACUCCGCCGUUAGCGUAGCAGAUUUUAUUGCUCUUUCUUUCAGUUUUGUUGUUUGUGUGUUUGUGGAGUGUGUGCGCGUGCUAGCGUUUUCUUCCUGUUUUUUAAAUACUCUCGUCGCCUGCUGCCUCGCCUCUCACUAUCUCUCUCACUCUCUCCCUCCCCUCCUCCCUCCCUCCAUCACCGAGUACAUAUUCUUCUUCCUUCCCGAUUUCUUCCCUUUCUUUCUGCGAGAUUUUUCUGGCCCAGGGUCGGCAGACAGACCAUUUUUGCUGCUGCUGAUGCUGUUGUGUAUCUAUAUUGGUGAGUGAGUGUCGUGGCCAGUCACUGACAACAAAUCCAAACCCCGAACAGAAAAACAGGAGGAGGAGUAGGAGGCGGAGCUGCUUCGGAUUCCUCGGAGCAGCGAGUAGUUCGCUCAAGGAACAAGGACGAGACGUGAUUGGUGCUGCUGUGCCGCGCGCUUCGGGGUUCGGGCUUUGCUUGCUUGUAGGUUUGUUUUGGGUGUGAAUUUGGAGAUUGUAUCAGCUCGUGCACGAGAGCUGAGUUGUGUGGAGUGUCACUCGUCUUCUGGACAUUCCCGAGGGUGGUUGCUUCUCGGCGACUUCUGCGGAUUCAUACGAGGAGUGAGUGAGUAGUGGAGUGUACCGUGGUCGAGAUUGAGGCAUCGCCCGGUCUCCAUCAUCACGCGGUCGCUCUUUCGCUCGCCUGCCCGCUGGCAGGCUGGCUUAGGAGGAAUUAGUCUCUCGGAAUUUGCAAUCAGCACAGGAGAGGACCUAGUCAUAGUAGAUCAGCAUAGAUACACGAAGCUUCUGGAUCCGUCCGUGGACACGGAACUUGAAGCAAUGGUUGGCUUGUGCGAGAGGAAAUGAAGAGCACGACGAGCAUAGACUCCGCAUCGCAAAUUGCAGCCGUGGGAGCAGCUCACUGAGACAUAGAUAGGGAAGGACGAAGACGUCGGAGCUCCUCUCGAUGAAGAAUUAGCAAGGGAAGGGAUGAGACGAUAGAUUUGAAGGACGACUUGCGCGCAUCCACAGACUCUGAAGGAGCUCACAGCUGGGCUCUUGCACUUGCGCCAGAACGUGGGCAGCUCCUUGGGGAUCUCUAGCGAUACGCAUUCUCUCUCGCAGGAGCGCGGAUCACCAUUUCCACUCACGUUUCGGAUCGUAGCAGGCUCCACCUCCACCUCGCGCACAGCUCAGUUGCAAGGGGAGGAGCUGGUGGAAGACGAAAGCGGUCUCAUGGUGACAAGGGAUCGCUAUAAGAAUUAGCCUUCGAGGCAGGAGCGAGAAGAAGGGGCACGACGGGGGCCAAGUUGGGCAAAGCGGGGUUGGGGGACGGGGAUGGAGGUCUCGGUGGUAGCAGCAGGACGGCAUUGCUCGGGAGCAAGCCGGCAACCACUCUCCUGCAUAUUGUAUCGGGCUCGCGCUACAUCCGCGCACUGGUGUCGAAGAAGCGACGGCGCCUGGUGGUUGAGGGAUACGAUCUGGAUUUGUCCUACAUAAAUGAUCGCCUUCUGGCCAUGUCGUUCCCAGCUCAGAAUAUGCAAGCAUUCAUCAGGAAUCCCAUGUGGCAAGUCCAAAGAGCGCUGGACCUUCGACAUGGCUCGCAUUACAAGGUCUAUAAUCUGUGUUGUGAGGCCACGUAUGACCCAGAGAAUUUUCAUGGGCGGGUGGAGGAGAUCCCCUUUGAUGAUAAUCAUGUGCCUCCUCUGUCACUCGUCAAGUUGUUCUGUGAAAGUGUGCAACACUGGCUGGAUGAAGAUCCGAACAAUGUGGCGGUCAUACAUUGCCGUGCUGGUAAGGGGCGGACAGGCUUGAUGGUUUGCGCAUUUCUUGUGUACGAAGGGAUGGGUCCAGAAGAAGCGUUGCAGUUAUAUGCAGAUCGGCGCACGACCAACAAUGAAGGGGUGACGAUUGCGAGCCAACGAAGAUAUGUAGGUUACUGGAGUAAAAUUUUGACGUUUCCAAAUGGGAACCAAGGAGGCGGGGUACCAGAAGUACACCUACCUCCGGCCAAGUCUCGAGAACUCCGCAGAAUACGGCUGUAUGAUACGAUUAAUACUGAUUGUGUCCAGUUCAAGAUCCAGCAGGUGGAAGAGGUCCCAGGACAACUAUACCAACCAUCAGUGGAAGUUACGCAGGGUUUUUGUAAGCCUUUAACGGAAGGGUGUCACCGCACUAUUAGUCCCAGAUAUUACUUAUCAUUUCUACCCAGAGAAGGAGAUGAAAGAAACGGUCAAGAAAGUCAUCCUCGGUGGGUGGUGCAAAUGGACACUGAAAGGCCAGUUGUUGCGAAGAAGGCUUGUCUGGAUCACUGCUUUGAGAGACCCCUUGCGAUUGCAGGAGAUAUAAGGGCAGCUUUUUUUGAUAAGAGUGGUGGUCGUUUAUUCUACGCAUGUUUCAACACCUUUUUUAUUGCCAAUAGCAUAAUACAGCUGGGCAAAGGAGAUUUGGACAAAGUGGGAAAACGAGCGAAGGCCAUUUGUGGGUCGGGGUUUUGUCUCGAAUUAGUAUUUGGACCUGCGGAGCCUCAUAUUCCUGUCCCUGCCCUGCCUCAUAAUCCUGACGAUUCGUUCUAGAUCCUAAAACUUUCAAGUAGCCCCACGUUUGGUAUGGUCAAAAACUUAGAGCACUUACGAGCGCCAAAGAUUGAAAUUGCAUGUGUAUUUGAUACAUGGAUCGAUGCGAGAGCCUUGUUAGCAGGACGAAGAAAAAUCUUGUCGGAUGAAGAGAAUUGUCACAGUAGUGAGCUGCCUCAGGUGGAUUAAGCACAAAAGUGUGUAUUUAGAGCAGGUAUCAAGCUUCACAUCAAGUGAAGCUAAAUAAAAUCUCACCAUGACUAAGUAUGGAAGGAGUUCAAUCACCCUUGCAUUGACAUGCAAAAUGGAUUAAGCUCUCCCACGAACGUAUCUUGAGUUCGUAAAACAUGUCGUAGAUUUAGUAAUAGUAUAAAUCUUUUGUAAAUGUAUUGCUUUCCUUAGCUAAAGGAUAGCUAGUUGCAGUCCAAAGGAUUGCCUGGUUAAGUCAAAAUCAACUUCUUAGCAAGAGAGCUCUCAUUUUGAGAUGUCAAUCUUCUCAUUCAGGCUUUCUUUUUGAGUGAAAGUUAUCUGUUUCCAAGUCUUUCGAGCUGGCGAUUAUCUCCCAGGCUUGAGUCUUGAUUGACUCUCAGAAGCCAUAGCAUAUGCAUGCCUUAUGCCUUUGUAUUACAUUGGUUCCCGUUUUUUUGGGACCGUAGAAUUCUCACAACUAACUCUAUCAUGGAUUGAUGUAUUCCGGUGAAGAAAGGGCGCUUCUUUGGUGAGUCCCUCCGAACGGGUUAUUUAUUUAUACAUAUAUAUUUUGAAGGAUUGCGUAGAGGAAGAAGAUUACAGAAAAUUUUGAAUGA